AAUGCACAUUUAAUGCACAAGCAUCAAAUUUAGGCACGAUUAGUUAAGGCGCAUUAACGCACAUGUAGAUGCAACCUGGCACACAACAGGGCAAAAGGGACUUGAAACUAACUUUGGUGCCAAGUCCCUGCAUGUGUAGACAGCUGCUAAAAAUCACUUAAUACGCAUUAGCUUAAUGUGCAUUACAUUUCGUCAUGCUUAAAUACACAUGUAGAUGCACCCCCCAGAACUCUAUUGCCUGGUGGCAGAAACGGUUUUGUACCUCAAUGAGAUCAGAGCAGCUUGUUUGAAUCAUCAUGGUGCGUUAAGAAACCAACCCCAGGUUCUUCUGGAGAAAUUAGUGUCCAGAGCAAUGAUAUGCUGAAAACCACUUUUAGAGUUUGAGCCUGGUCAGUAAAGACCAGCUUAGCUCCCUGUAUGGCAGAGCAUUUGAAAAUCUACCCUCUUAUAUUGUGUUCAAUUAAAUGGUCGUGCAUUGUGUAAGCAGGAAAACGUAUUUUUUGCUUUAAAAGGAAAGCAGAACAAUAUUACAUAGGUUGUUGAGCUGAGUUUUUUAAAUGGGGAAAAUUUGUUUAAAGGGAGGAGAAACUAAUUUUCACUCGACACUUGGAAUUUGCAUCUUCUCAAAUGAAAGUUGUAAAAAACAUGUUAGAAGCCAUGGCAGAAGUGCCCGCAUCCUCCAUUAUAUAAGAAUUGGAACGGGUUUGGAUAACCUUGGAUGGAGACAGGCUUGCAAGACCAGAUUCCAUGCUUUCGUGGAUGUAAUGCUUGACCUUAGUAACACAAACGAAAUAACUGAAACUCAUUACUGUAAAGACUAGCACUCAUCAUCAAGAGUGGAAACGAACUGAUACAACUUCCGAAUUCUUCACAUGACUUUGGUGGGGGGCGGGGUCAGGGUCUUCAUGCUCAAUUCCUUUCAUUCCAAUUAGAUUGUCGAUCAAUGCAUAUCAUUACUGCUCAUAUAUCUACGAUUAUCAAUAGGGACCUACCUAUCUCAUGGUGAGACAAAGCAAUUUUCAUGGCUUACUUGCAGCCUGAAGAGCUGAUUUCGUGGUCAUUUCAUGGCAGCCUUGCGCCUUGGUGCCGAUUGGCAGAGAGGCCCUGCUCCUCGGUGCUGAUUGGUAGAGAGCCCCUGGAGGGGGUGGUCACCAUCUUGACUGCUGGCUGCCCUUUGUGCGGCCCCACCCAUCAACGCUGAUUGGUGGAGAGGUGCAAGGGGGUAGUCGCCAUCUUAGCUGCUGCCCUUCAUGCUGCUGUGCCAGUGAGUGCUUUACCCUCCUGGGUGGGCUGCGAGGGUGGGUUGCAGCGGCAAUGAGGACCACUGGGGCGCCAGCAUUUUAUUUUUAUUAAGUUGGGGUUUUUUGGUUGAUUUCCUGACAAAUCGCAGCCAAUGCCGUUUUUCACGAAGGUCACUGUUUUUCGCAACCACGGUUUAAGUAGGUCCCUAAUUAUAAACCUGGAGGAAGAUGGGACUAAUGGACCCAAGUUGUUGGGGGAACUGAACAACCAGCAAGAGCGCGGAGUUCCUGGGGUCCGGCCUGCACCUAUCCAUCAUGUUUUUGCAUUUCCAUUACCUGAUCUGCCUGCUAGUGAAACGCAUGUUCAGCUUUCCAUUAAAGGGAUUCUCCUGAAAAGAGACAGGCAUACUCUCUUCUUAUUCCAGGGCCCCAUCUGACAAAGUAAGGUCCCUUUCUCCCAAUUUGGGGAUAAAGACCUUCCCUUCAAAAGUGGGGCAAGAUAGGAGGGAAAAAUUCCUUUUACAGUCCACUGUUUUCCCCCCUCCCUUCUUUUGGGAACAGUCAUUUCAAAGCUGAAAACUUGACAUAAACUUUUGUUGCUGAAAUUCAAUCAGAGAAAAGCUCAUUCCUUUCCCAAGCCUGAAUGAAAAGUCUUUUGAUGUUUUCAUUAAAAUCCCUUACUGUAUUUCCAAUAAGAUGUAUGUACAGUGUCUGCACCAUUUUGUUUCUUAUUGAAAUCUUAGGUCAGAUCUUCCAGCUCUUUCUCCCUGCUGGGGAGCUGAUGAUCCUUCCACCUUUCAGUCGGCAUUUAAGUAUCUCUUUCUCCCAGUGCCGGAUCAAAACCUAUUGAAAUUAGAAGGAAUCUCCUCGGAGACUUUAGGCUGUGAACGAGGAGGGUUUGGCUCAGUGGCUCAUUUCAAGGCCCAAGUCCUGUGAAUGUUUCCUUGUGCACUUCACUGUACACCUAUAAGUAGUCGAUGGAGGUCAAGGGAUCUAGGCACGUGCUUGAAGUGAAUAAUGUAUGGAAGUGUGUCUAAGCCCGAAACCCUCUCUCGCUCUCCAUGCUUUGCUUCUGUAACCCCGGUCACCUUGUUUGCCUUUUAUUGACCCCCAGCCCUGCAAAGGCUGACAGCUGUGCUUCACCUUCAUGCACACUAAUGCUUGUACUUAAGGAUCAGGGCCUUAAGUACAGGCGUGUAGGUGAAUCACUUAUGUAGCUGCAAUCCCUAGUGCAAUGAGUUUUUGAACUGCUUGGCUUCUAGGCACCGCUGCAAUAGAAGUAUCAACUAAGAACAGUCAUAAUUGCCAGCAUCUGAAUCGCCCGUAAAUUUAAUUGUAAAAGCAGGUCGAUUCCAGCCUUUGUAGAGAGGGUGGGAGGAACUGGUGGAGAAAUAAAAUCCUCUGGAGAAGACUGUGAACAAACUUGUUUUCUUAAAAUAGUGUAUUUAUUUAUUUAUUUAUUCAUUGUCCUCCUUGCAAAAGCGGAAUGAAGUUGAUGUACAAAAACUAAAAUGAGACUUUGAUGGAAAAUUAACUUCAUUGAAAUUUCAAGGGCACUGACUUUGUUUGGUGCUUUAAGCCGUAUGCUGUUUAAUGCUAAUUCUGUAACACUAUAUAGAAGCUUUUUUUUACUAACACAAAAGAGGAAGGGGCACAUUUCUUUUGUAGGGUUUUUUUUUUUCUUCAGUGAAAAGUGAUUCUGAUCAGACCAGCCACAAACCCAGCUCCAAGUAGCUGACAUUUCCAUCUGAAUCUACCUGAAGGGUUAGUUUUUCAGGAAGAAAGACUUCGCCACUUUUACAGUCCAGGAUCUGAUCUUUAGAUUAACUCACCAUUAAUCAAUAGAGGGAAAAGUUUUGAUUGCAACUCAACACUCUUCUGGCCCUAAAGCAACAUAGAGAAAAACUGAAUUUUCAAUUGAAACAGCAACGGGAUUUAGACAUCAGCAAUAAUUGGCAAAGAAGCAUUGAAAUGCCUUCUUCAUUGACAUAAUUUUUCCCUCCGGUUUACCAAAGUUUGGUUUAAAAUAUCAGACUUAAUUUCUUCCCCUCUCUUCAAACCAGGAUGAGUUUUCCAUUAUUGCUUAGAACCUGGGUUGUCCUUAUGAUCAUCAUUUCACGACACCAAGCUCAGGCCAUGGAGGUCCUGUAUCCGUUCUGGCAGAACGAAACUAAAACCCCCAAAGUUGAUGAUGGAAGCUCCCCAGAGAUUAAGCUGUCCAUCCCGUUCAUCUUCUUCGGCGUUCCCUACAAGACCGUUUAUGUCAACAACAAUGGAGUUAUUUCCUUCAACGUGCUGGUCAGCCAGUUCACCCCAGAGGCCUUCCCCCUUGCAGAUGGCCGGGCUUUUCUUGCCCCUUUUUGGGCAGAUGUCCACAAUGGGAUCCGAGGAGAAAUAUACUACAGGGAGAGCGCUGACCCUGACCUGCUGAAAAGGGUCUCCAGAGACAUCAGGAAAUACUUCAAAAACAUGCCCUCUUUCUCUGCCACCAGCAUCUUCAUGGCCACCUGGGAAGAGGUCACUUUCUACGGAGGCAGCAGCACGACCCCUGUAAACACCUUUCAAGUUCUCCUGAUCUCAGAUGGAGCAUCCACGUUUGUCGUGUUUAACUACGGGGAAAUCAACUGGACCACCGGAACGGCAAGUGGGGGAGAUCCCCUUACAGGACUUGGUGGAGUCAUGGCUCAGGCAGGAUUUAAUGGUGGAAACAUGACCAAUUAUUUCAGUAUUCCUGGUUCAAGGACCCCAGAUAUAGUCAACAUUGAAGACACAACCAAUGUAAAUGUCCCUGGACGCUGGGUGUUCAAAGUAGAUGGCCGAGAAAUUGACCCAGCCAAUGGCUGCAGCCUGCGAGGCCAGUUUCUCCGUCAAGGGGAGAUAUUCUGGGACAACUCCAACUGCACCAUCAAGUGUCGCUGCCUGGACUUCAACAAUGAGAUCUUCUGCCAGGAGAUGCCUUGCGGCCCCUACGAAGCAUGUGAGCCGAAGGACAAGUUCUACCAGUGCGUGCCCGUGGAAAGCAGCACCUGCGUGGUGUUUGGAGACCCACACUACCACACCUUCGAUGGCUUCCUCUUUCACUUCCAGGGUUCCUGCUCCUACCUUCUUGCCAAACAGUGCCAGUCAGGGUCCAACCUGCCAUUCUUCAGUGUGGAGGCCAAGAAUGAGAACCGAGGCAGCUCCUCCGUCUCCUGGGUGAAGGACAUUGCAGUGGAGGUCUAUACUCACAAGAUUAUUAUCCCCAAAGGGAACUUUGGGAAAGUUAAGGUAGACGACUUGUUCCUGUCCUUACCCAUCACCUUGGAACUGGGGGCAAUAAAAAUCUACCAGAGUGGUUUGUCAACAGCGGUGGAGACUGAUUUUGGCCUUUUAGUGACUUUUGAUGGGCAGCAUUAUGCCUCCAUCUCCAUCCCAGGCUCCUACAUUAAUGCCACCUGCGGCUUAUGCGGGAACUACAACAAGAAUCCUCAGGACGACAGCCUGCGCUCAGACGGGAGGCCGGCCGUGUCGGUGCUGGACCUGGGGGAGAGCUGGCGGGUAUACCACCCGGACUGGAAAUGCACCCCAGGCUGCUUGGACAACUGCACCCUCUGCGAUUCUGUGAUGGAGUCCCUCUACUUCUCACCAGAGUACUGUGGCUUCAUCAACAAGACCAACGGCCCUUUGUGGGAAUGCGGCGCUAUUGUAGACCCCACAGCCUUUGUCCACAGCUGCGUUUAUGACCUUUGUAGCAUCAGGGAUAAUGGCACCAACCUGUGCCAAGCAAUACAGGCUUAUGCCUUGGUGUGCCAAGCCCUUGGGAUCCCGGUGGGAGACUGGAGAACCCAGAUAGGGUGUGCCACAGCAGUGCACUGUCCGGAGUUCAGCCACUAUUCAGUUUGUACCAGCAGCUGCCCGGCCACAUGUUCUGAUCUAACCGCUCCUCUGGCCUGCAGCUCCCCCUGCACCGAGGGCUGCGAGUGCAACGAAGGCUACGUUCUCAGCACAAACCAGUGUGUCCCCAUCCAGAAGUGUGGCUGCGAUGUCUUUGGCCGCUACUAUGCCAUUGGGGAGUCUUUCUGGGCCACCUCGGACUGCAUAGUGCAGUGCUUGUGCGAAGACGGUGGGGAGAUCAAAUGCUUCAACACCACGUGCCAGGAAGGGGAGGUCUGCACCGUUGAGAGCGGCUACCAAGGCUGUUACCCCAUGCGAGAGACCUUGUGCCUGGUCAGCCAGAACCAGGUGCUGCAGACCUUCGAUGGCGUGGCUUUCAUGUUCCCACCGGAGCACUCCUACACGCUGCUCAAGACGUGCCCCGACAGACCGGAGUUCCUGGAAGUCGACAUCAGCAAAAAGAAACCCGAAGCCUCCCCUACCGGACUUCGAGCCUUGAGGAUCCAAGUGGCCAGUCAUGAGGUCAAGAUCGGAGGCACCGGCCCGACUGACAUCAAGGUGAAUGGCUACGAAGUGGACCUGCCGUUUUUCCACCCUUCUGGCCAACUGGAAAUUUACCGUAGCAAAAACGGCACAGUGGUAGACUCUGAAGGGCUCCUGACUAUUCAGUACUCCAACAUGGGUAUCCUGGAGAUACACCUCUCGACCAGCUACUUCAACUGUACAGGAGGGUUGUGUGGCUUCUUCAAUGGGAACAGCAGCGAUGAGUUCUGCCUCCCCAAUAACAAGUGCACCGAAAACCUGGCCGUCUUUUUGGAGAGCUGGACCACAUUUGAUGAGAUCUGUAAUGGGGAAUGCGGGGACCUGCUCAAAGCCUGCAACAACGACUCGGAGCUGCUCAAGUACUACAGGAGCCGCUCCAAGUGCGGGAUCAUCAACGACCCCACCAACAGCUCCUUCUUGGACUGCCAUGGGGUGGUCAACGUGUCGGCGUACUACCGAACGUGCCUCUUCCGCUUGUGCCAGAGUGGAGGAAACCAGUCGGAGCUCUGCGAUUCGGUGGCUCGUUACGCCGGCGCCUGCAAGAACGCAGGGGUGGAUAUUGGCCAGUGGAGGAGCUACAGUUUUUGUCCUCUCGUGUGUCCUGAGAACAGCCACUUUGAGGAGUGCAUGAUCUGCACGGAGACCUGUGAAACCCUCGCCAUUGGCCCUGUCUGUGUGGACAGCUGUGAGGAAGGCUGCCAAUGUGAUGAAGGCUUUGCCCUCAGAGGGACUGAGUGCAUCCCCAGGAGUGAGUGCGGCUGCAAUUUUGAGGGGCAUCAGCUCUCCACCAACCAGACCUUCUGGAUGGACAUCAACUGCCAGUCCUUCUGCUACUGCAAUGGGUCUGACAACAACAUGUACUGCGAGAACAUCCCCUGCAAGGAAGAUGACUACUGCCUGGAGGAGAAUGGCCUCUAUUACUGCCACCCCCGCACCGAUGCCUCCUGCAUUGUUUCUGGCUACAGCCAUUACUUGACCUUUGAUGGGUUUGCUUUUGACUUCCAAAGCAGCUGCCCACUUGUCUUGUGCACAACCAUCUCCAGGCAGCGGUCGGAGAGGUCAGAUACUUUCCCCAAAUUCACUGUCACAGCCAAGAAUGAAGACCGGGACCCAUCCUUAGCUUUGUGGUUGAAACUAGUCGAAGUGGAAGUCUUCAAUUACAACAUAAUCAUCCAGCGGGCCUACAAACACACAGUGCUGAUAAACAAUGAGCGUCUCUACCUGCCCUUGAAACUGGGCCAAGGGAAAGUGAACAUCUUUGCCUUUGGUUUUCACAUUGUGGUGGAGACUGAUUUUGGUCUGAAGGUGGUGUAUGACUGGAAGACCUUCCUCUCUGUCACCAUCCCACGAAGCCUCCAGAACAGCACGUACGGCCUCUGUGGCCGCUACAACGGCAACCCCGAUGAUGACCUGGAGAUGGCUAGCGGCACAUUGGCUACCACCAUCUAUGAGUUUGGUCAAAGCUGGGUGAAGCGGGACACGUUUUGUCAAGUGGGCUGUGGUGACCGGUGUCCUGCCUGUGGGAAGGUGGAAGGGUUCUGGAAACCCCAGCAACUGUGCAGCCUCAUCCCAAGCAAAAGCGGAGUCUUUGCCAAGUGCCACAGUAAAGUCCACCCCGGCUUCUUCUACAAGAACUGCCUCCUUGACACCUGCAUUGAUGGCGGAGCGACACAGACUGCUUGCAGUUGGCUGCAGAACUACGCCAGCACGUGCCAGACCCAGGGAAUAGCCAUCACCGGCUGGAGGAACUUCACUUCAUGCUCUGUCAGCUGUCCCCCCAACAGCCACUAUGAGAGCUGCGUGUCCGUGUGCCAGCCCCGCUGUGCUGCCAUCCGGCUGAAAAGCGACUGCAAUCAUUAUUGCGUGGAGGGGUGCCAGUGUGACCCUGGCUAUGUCCUGAAUGGCAAGAGCUGUAUCCUUCCCCACAACUGCGGCUGCUACUCAGAUGGAAAAUAUUAUGAGCCCAAGCAGCUCUUCUGGAACAGCGACUGCACCCGGCGCUGCCGCUGCUUCCGCCGCAACCUCAUCCAGUGCGACCCACGGCACUGCAAGUCGGAUGAGGAGUGUGCCCUGCGCAACGGUGUCCGCGGCUGCUUCAGCACCAAGAGCUCCUACUGCAUCGCAGCGGGCGGCGGCGUCUUCCGGACCUUUGACGGAGCCUUCCUCCGCUUCCCAGCCAACUGUGCCUUCGUCCUGUCCACCAUCUGCCAGAAGCUGCCCGAUUUCUCCUUCCAGCUCAUCAUCAACUUUGACAAGUGGUCAUCCCCCAACCUCACUGUCAUCUCCCCAGUGUAUUUCUACAUCAACGAGGAGCAGAUUCUCAUCAGUGACCGGAACACUAUCAAGGUGAACGGCACCCAGGUGAACAUCCCUUUUGUCACCGGGCUGUCAACCAAAAUCUACAGCAUGGAGGGUUUCCUGGUGAUUGACUCCAGCCCCGAAAUCCAGAUCCACUACAACGGCUACAACAUCAUCAAAAUCAGCAUCAGCGAACGGCUGCAGAACAAAGUGUGCGGCUUGUGCGGCAACUUCAACGGGGACCGGACAGACGACUACGUGACCCUGCGAGGGAAGCCGGUGGUCAGCAGUGUAGUGCUGGCUCAGAGCUGGAAAACCAAUGGCAUGCAGAAGAGCUGCAACGAGCUGCAGUACUCGCAGUAUGCUGCAGCUUGCGACAACGUGCAGAUCCAGAAGCUGCAGAGCGACAGCUACUGCCUCAAGCUGACAGACAUGAAGGGCUUCUUCCAGCCCUGCCAUGGGCUGCUGGACCCUCUGCCUUUCUACGAGUCGUGUUUCCUCGACGGCUGCUACAACCAGAAGAAGUACCAGCUCUGCGGCUCCCUAGCUGCCUACGGGGAGGCCUGCCGUUCCUUUGGGAUCCUUGGCACUGAGUGGAUAGAAAAAGAGAAUUGCUCAGGAGUGGUUGAAGACCCCUGUGUGGGAGCCGACUGUCCCAACAGGAGCUGCGAGAUGGACAAUGGUGGGGAACUGUGUGGUUGCAUUGAGCCUCCACCCUACGGAAACAACUCCCAUGACAUCAUUGAUGCAGAAGUGACCUGCAAAGCCGCACAGAUGGAGGUCUCCAUAUCGAAGUGCAAGCUCUUCCAGCUGGGCUUUGAGAGGGAAGGGGUGCGUAUUAACGACCGCCACUGCCCAGGCAUCGAAGGAGAAGACUUCAUCUCCUUCCAGAUCAACAACACCAAGGGGAACUGUGGAAACAUUGUGCAGUCCAAUGGCACCCACAUCAUGUAUAAAAACACUGUCUGGAUUGAGAGUGCAAACAACACUGGAAACAUAAUCACCCGGGACCGAACCAUCAACGUGGAGUUCUCAUGCGCAUAUGAGCUGGAUAUCAAAAUUUCUUUGGAUUCAGUCGUGAGGCCAAUGCUUAGUGUGAUUAACUUGACAGUCCCAACCCAAGAAGGCAGCUUCACAACCAAGAUGGCCUUGUACAAGAACUCUUCCUACAAACACCCCUACCGCCAGGGUGAAGUGGUGCUAACCACCCGGGACGUGCUAUACGUGGGGGUCUUCGUCGUUGGAGCAGAUUCAAGCCACCUGAUUCUAACGCUGAACAAGUGUUAUGCAACCCCUUCUCGGGACAGCAAUGACAAGCUGAGAUACUUCAUUAUUGAAGGAGGUUGCCAAAAUAUUAAGGAUAACACCAUUGGGAUUGAGGAAAACGGGGUGUCUCUGACCUGCCGUUUCCACGUCACCGUCUUCAAGUUCAUUGGGGACUAUGAUGAAGUUCAUCUCCACUGUGCUGUCUCGCUCUGUGACUCAGAAAAAUACUCCUGCAAAAUAAACUGCCCUCAGAGUUCCAGGAGUGCUGCUGAUUUUACCAAAGAGCCCAAGGAGCAGAUCAUCUCGGUGGGGCCCAUCCGGAGAAAGCGGUUAGACUGGUGUGAAGAUAACGGAGGCUGUGAGCAGAUCUGCACGAGCAGGGUGGAUGGGCCCCUAUGUAGCUGCGUAACAGGAACAUUGCAAGAAGAUGGCAAGAGCUGCAGAGCCUCCAGCUCUUCCACUGAACCUCAAGCCUGGCUAAUUCUUCUCGUCAUAACCCAGCUAUCACUAUGGCGUUUCGUCUAUAAGUCAGACCCGACCUCAUAAUUAAUUCAAGGCUUCUAUUUAAAGUACUGUAAUUUACUUACUCUAAAUCCCUGUAGGAUAAAAGCAUGUGUCCCUAACUCUCAGCCUGUACAUGAACAACAACAACAAAAGCUUUUAACUAUUGCAGUGCUGAAGCCGGUUGCCUGUUAAAGCCAUUUCAAUGACAUUACAAGCUAUUUUUUAUGCUGGAGGCAAUAGCAGCCACGAGGGGGAAUUACAGGACCCAGACGCUCGCCUGAGAUGAAGCCACAACACGCAUUUGUGCACAUGGCACAUUUGACCAAGAUUUCCCCAUGGCCUCCAGCCUGCACUGGCUUCUCCUCCUCCCAAACGACUUCACCACUGCCCCACUGCGCAUUGUCCCUCUGCCUCCCCUUGUCCCUGUUGUAGAGAAACACAGUGACACCCCCCGACAUGCCACCAACACACCUCCGACCCACGCCAGCCCCCC